AUGCCUCCUUUGAUCCGCGAUUUCCGUCUGCCACACGGCCUUCAGGCUAGACCGGCACAGUGCCCUCACACAGCAGCUUCCACGUGUCCCACACUUCUCUGGGGUCCUCUUUCCGGAUCAGCAGAAUCAGAAUGUGCAGCAGCGGCUACAGCAGUAGCAGCAGCAGCAGCAGCAGCAGCAGCAGCAGCAGCAGAAGCAGAGAGGGCAGCAGCAGUGGAUGCAUGUGCGGGCGAGAACUGCACGCUAGAAGCGGAGAUCAGCGCACUGGAGGACAAGAUCUGCAAGCUGCAGGCUCGUCUCCUACAAUCGAGCGUUCUGAGCCCCAACACAGGUGCCGCUGACACGCCAGGCUUCUCGAGUCCAAACACAGAUGCCGCCGAGACGCGCCCACAUGCGGCUACUGGAGCAACAUUCACGGAUCCCUUGGCUGAAGGUUGCCAGGCGCGGAGCAGCAGCAGCGAUGCGAGUCCGCUGAGCCCGCUGCCAGUGGAGGCAGCAUUGAGCCGCAGUGCCUCCAAAGGCUCCACCCUGGACGACUAUUUCCUGCUGGAUGCCGUACUCGCAGACGAUCAACUGCUGGACGAUUCACUGCUGGACCAAUCAUUGCUGGACGCACCACUACUGGCAGACCCAGUGCCGGCAGCACACCCACUGCCGGCAGAGUUAUCGCCGGCGGGAUCAGCGCCGGUACAACCGCUGUUGGCAGAACCUGCGCGUGCAGAAUCAGCGGUUGCUGAGUAUUCGCCCGCGGCUGAUCGUUCGGGUCCGGCAGUGUACUCUGUGCAGCCUGUGAAGAAGCGGCCGCGGUCGCCGUUAUCAGUGCCUCCCGAUGGCAUGUAUCAGCAUCAGCAUGGCCUUUACUACCAGCAUGAGCAUGACGGGCAUGCUCAUCAUCAACCGUACGUGCAUCAUCACCAUCACAGCCAUCAGGACGUCAGGCAGUGCAUCCCUUCACCUACCGUACCCACUUCCUGCCUCUCCCCGUUCUCCCCCCGCCCCGGUCUCAUCAGCCCUCCCAGCCUUGCGUCUCUUGACCUGCUCAGAUCCCCCCACACGAUUGAAGCAAGCCCUGGCACUGCUCUGGAUUCGUCUCUGCAGCCUCAUGUGACCCAGCAGCGCCAGAACUCGGUGUCGGUGGCAUCAGCUGAGAAGGCUCACUCGCUUGACAGCCACCCGCUCAUCCCCUCCCUCACCUCCCCUGCUUCCUUCAUGAGCCCCGGCGCUCAUGUGAGCCUCGCUGCGUCUGUGAGCCCUGGCGCCCAUGUGAGCACUGGCGCCCAUGUGACCCCCGGUGCAUGCGUCAGCCCCAGUGCCCUCGUGAGCCCUGGCGCCUCUGUUAGCCCUGGUGCAUGCGUCAGCACCACCAGUGCCAUGCCGCCCCGCAUGGCAGCAUCUGAGAUCGCUGCACGUAUCCGCAUGAUGGGCCUCCCAACACAGAGCAGGGCACAGAGCACAGCACAGGUGCCGCAGCAAGUCAUGCGUGCUCCUGCACGUGGUGUGGUUGACUGCCGUCCCAAACCCGCACCUGCCUCUCCAUCCGUGGCUUGCCCUUCGGUGUUGCCAGGAUACUCUUGCUGCCCCACUGCCCUCCUCCAGCACUCCAUGGUUCCCUACUUAGCUGAUUACAGCCACCAGCUUCUGGGCUAUCCAGCCACGAAUGCAUUUUCCUUGGGGGAAUUACCCAAUAAACACCUCAACCCACCCGCUGGUGGGAGAAAGCGUGUGGGGCGAAAGCCUUCUGCGAGCAAGUUUGUGAAGCUUGCUCCUGCGCAGCUCACUCCGGCUAGAAAGCAGGAAGAGGAGCAACAGCAACAGGAGGAACAGCAGCAGCAGCAGCAUGAGAGGGCAGCCGAGAGCGCAGAGGAUGAAGUGCGAGGCGCGGGAGACCAAUCAGCGACGGAUCGAGCACAGACGAAGGGAGAGGGAGGAGAGGGAGGCGGAGGGGUGAGAGUAGAGGUAGGGGAGGGAGGGACAGCAGGAGGGGGAACAGAGGGAGCAGAUGGAUCAGAGAGGGCAGCGGUGGCAGAGGGGUCAGAGGGAGCAGUGGGGGGCGGCACAGGAGAGGGGUGCGAGGCGGCGGUGGAUGCGGCAGUGGCGGCGGUGAACCAGGCGGGUCAACGGCUAGUUCUCAUGAUGCGCUCCGUCGACAAGCACCUCUCCUUCUGGCGCCGCCUCGCCCUCGCGUCGCCCGCGCAGCAGAUCUGGAUCGUCUACCUAUCGUCAGCUGUCAUCCCUGCCCCAUCCUCCCUCGCCCUCUCCACCCUCACGCUCACCACCACCAUCAGCAGCAGCAGCAGCAGCACGAGCACAUCUCCUCCCGACCCCCUCGCUCUGCUCUCCACUAUCCUACACGCCUGCCACGUGGCAGUCAUACAGGCCUCAGGGAUCGACGGGGAUAAGCCCACCUCAGGAGCAGGGGGGCGGGAGGGGACGGUGGAGAGUGGUGGUGCUUGUAACGAAGCAGUCAGUAACGAGGCAGGAGGGGAGUUGGGCGGUGCUGGGUUAGUAGCAGCAGAUGGCAGCGGGCUAAGUGAUUCACCACAAGGAGCAGUGCCUGUUGCUGCAGUGGUGUCACCAGCCGUUGUGUGUGGGCACGCGAAGCAGCUGAACGAGGAUGUGAAGGUUCUCGAGAAACUGGUCUCUGCUGGGGUGGCGCGCUGCCAUAGGCCGAGGCACGCGGCACGGCACUGGCUGGAGUACAUGGCAGGCGGGCUGUGUGGCGUGGCGGUGGGCUCAUGGUUGCUGCGACACAGCCGGUGGAACGACAGUGAUGACCUCGACAGGUGGGCUGCAGAUGGGUGGAGAGCGGUGACAGGGUUCGUCACUGACCACAUAUGGCAACCGCUGUCAGCGAUCAGUGCAGAGCUCUUCCACACGUUCGGUGACCAGCAGAGAGGCAACGUGUCCAUGCAUGACGUGCAGGCUUCCACUGACUCGCUGCGGAGAAUGCUGCUGACCUUUGUGGAGAAAACCCAGCCACUGGCACUCGAAAACACCAGCACCACAAGCACCACGACCAGCACCAGCACCAGCACCAGCGGCGGCAACGGGGGCAGUGGCGGCAGCGGCAGCGGUAGUACAGGAGCAGCGGAUGCAGCUGUGGGAGCAGCAUUGCCAUCGGAGUCGGAUCUGAUGGCAUUGGUGAUGCGCGAGUAUGAGAAGGACAUGGCCAACCCCCUCACUCACCUCCUCACAGGGCGACUGGCUGAGGCACUGCUGAUUCAGGUUCAAAGAAUGAAGCUCCACAUUGAAACGGCCAUGUUAGAGUUGGAGCAGAUUCUGAGGGCGAAUCAGAUCAACUUCGCUCUGCUCACCGCCUUGCCCGCCCUGCUGCUGCUCUCCGGCCUCUUCUCCCUCUCCCGUGACUUCUCCGUCUCGAAGGCACGGGGUGCAGAAGGAAAAGGCCGUGUGGCACAGACAAGACGACGGAUGCUACUCGCUGACGUGGAGCGACACGUGUUGCUGCGUAACCACCUGAGGGUGUCACCGUCAUCCAAGGCGUUACCACCAGCCCAAUCGUUGACAUCCACGUCAGCAGCGCCCUCCACGUCAGCAUCAGCACCACUUCCCGGAUCAAUGUCGGUGUCGACUCUCAAUCCCAGCUCAGCGCCGUGUGAUGACGUGGCAUCAUCAGCGAAUAACGUGGCAUCCGUGGAUGACGUGGCAGUGUGGCACGGCAUGUUGGUGUAUCUGCUGCAUCGACUGUAUGUAGCCGUGCAGCGACAGGCCAGCAAGGGGGGCGAGUGGCCACGCCUGCAGCAAGACAUACUCGAUAUAGCAAGCCCCCAUAUGGACAUGCAAGGCCGGCAGCUGUUAGCAGCGCGCAUGGCUGUUAUGUAUGAUUGCCUUGUGCCGCUCGCCAAGUGA